AUGCCAAUAACUACUCUGGUUAAGAACAUAUACAAGAGUUUGGUUCAUUACUUUGUUAGUAGGGGUCAAGCAUCUGCUUCGCAACUUCAAUCUUCUCAUCAUCUUUGCAAAAAUAUGGUUGAUUCCUUGAAGCAUAAUGAGUCCCUUGCUACAGGACAUCAUGUUCGUACAUAUAAGGUUGAACAAACAGUAUUUGAGGUUGACGAGGGUUAUGAGAGGUCAUAUUCUGUCAUCCUUCCAGAGCGUUUCUGUCAAUGUGGAAAGUUUAAGGACCUCAAAUACCCAUGUAGUCAUGCCGCAACGAUUGCUUUACAUGUUCGUCAAAAUCCUUUUCAAUAUGUGGAUGACGUAUUCCGGAAAACUAACCUGGUUCGAGCGUACUCAUUUCCAUGGCAGCCAAUUGGUAAUGAGCAAGUUAUUCCACCCAGUGCAGAUCUAGUGCUCAUACCUGAUAAAUCUAUGUUGUGUGCGAAGGGUCAUCUAAAGUCAACUAGAACACGUAACGAGAUAGAUGAAGCUAAAAGCAGUCAAAGGCACAUUAUGUAA